GAAGGACAGUCACCAUGCGCUCCCCGAACAUCCUUCUGACAGGCACUCCAGGAGUUGGCAAGACCACACUUGGCAAAGAACUUUCAUCCAGAACUGGACUGACCUAUAUCAAUGUCGGUGAUUUGGCAAAGGAAGGAAAUUUAUAUGAAGGUUAUGAUGAAGAGUAUGAUUGUCCUAUUUUAGAUGAAGACAGGGUGGUCGAUGAGCUGGAGGACAAGAUGAGUGAUGGCGGAGUCAUUGUUGACUAUCAUGGUUGUGAAUUUUUUCCUGAGCGUUGGUUCAACAUUGUGUUUGUGCUGAGGACUGACAAUAGUUUAUUGUACCAGCGUCUAGAAAGCAGGGGAUACAAGGAAAAGAAACUACAGGACAACAUCCAGUGUGAGAUAUUCCAGACUAUUUAUGAAGAAGCAGCUGAGUCGUAUCAAAAGGAUAUUGUGCAUCAGUUACCCAGCAAUACACCUGAGGAUUUGGAGCAAAACAUAGAACAGAUCACUCAGUGGAUUCAGCAGUGGCUAAAGGAUAACAACUGAAUCCCAAAUUCAAAUAUAGACUUUUACAUCAGUAAUAUAAUGCUGAAAGGCCCGGUCACAUGUUUGUGUAUUUAGGUGGAAGUGGUAAGAGCAACAGAACACAACAGGCUAUGGAUUUACAGUAAGAGCAGCUGUAUAUACUGUAGAUGGUAUCUUCUGAAAACAGAUCCUGGAUUUUGAAGAUGAAUACCAUUGAUGGAGGGAACACGAAUAAUCCGAUUAGUGGGGAAAAUUACUGUAUUUGGCAUUUAGUCUUGAUCUGAAUGUUAGCAUAUAUGGUUUUUAUGAUAUAACUUACCUUGAAAAGGUAUUGAAUCUGCCGGGUAAACUCUUUUUUUUGUAUAAAACUGAUUAAGUUCUAGAUCAUUAAAUAGAAUAUUUUCUCUUUGAA